UGUGUGAAUUGCGGUGCGGUAGCACUCGCCUGUCUACACGCACGCAGCACACCGCCCUCACUACACAUCGUUGACAUCAUGAAGCAGGAACAGGUGCUGACCGUCGACAACAUGAACCAGCGGCUGCGGCGCGUGCGCUACGCCGUGCGCGGCCCCGUACUCGAGCGCGCGCUGCACAUCGAACACGAGCUUGAGAAGGGAGUGCCGAAACCGUUUGCGAGCGUGGUGCGCGCCAACAUCGGCGAUUGCCACGCGCUCGGACAGAAACCCAUCACCUUCAUAAGACAGGUGGUGGCGGGCGCGGCGUGCCCCCAGCUGCUGGCCUCGCCCGCGCUGCCGCCGGACGUGAAGCAGCGUGUAGAGGAGAUCCUCGAUGACUGCACGUGCCGGUCGGUAGGCGCGUAUUCGGCGAGCGCGGGGCUGUGGAGCGUGCGGCGCGCGGCGGCAGCUUGGCUGGCGGCGCGCGAUGGUACCCCCGCCAGCGCGCACGACAUCUAUCUCGGCUCCGGUGCCACUGACCUCAUCAAGGCGCUCCUCACCGUGUUCACAGAGGACGUGGAUGGAAAGCCUUCCGGCGUGAUGAUCCCGAUCCCGCAGUACCCAUUGUUCUCGGGCGCACUGGCGGAGCUGGGCCUGGCGCAGGUGGAGUAUUACCUGGACGAGGAACGCGGAUGGGCGCUAGACGUGGCUGAGCUGCGCCGCGCGCUGCGCAACGCCAGUGCCACAUGUCGCGUGCGCGUGCUCGUCGUCAUCAACCCAGGCAACCCCACUGGACAGGUGCUGACUCGGGAAAACAUGGAGGAGGUGGUGCGGUUCGCGCACGAGCACCGGCUGUUCCUGCUGGCGGACGAGGUGUACCAGGAAAACAUCAUCGCCAAGCCCUUCCACUCAUUCAAAAAGGUUAUGUACGAGAUGGGCGCGCCCUACUGCGACAUGGAGCUGGGCAGCGUACUGACGUGCUCCAAAGGCUGGGCGGCGGAGUGCGGGUUGCGCGCCGGCCUGCUCGAGCUGGUGCGCGUGCAUCCCGGCGUGGUGGCCGCCUUCUGUACUGCGCGCGCGCUUAUGCAGUGUCCCACCGUGCUCGGCCAGGCCGCACUGCUCUGCGUCAUGAAGCCGCCCACGCCCGGGGACGCUUCGUACGAGCAGUUCGCGAUGGAGCGGCGAGAGAUAAGGCGCGUGCUGCGCGAGCGCGCCGCUACCGCCCACCGCGCUUUCAACUCCAUACCCGGCUACUCCUGCAACGCCAUCGACGGAUCGAUGUUCGCGUUCCCGCGUUUUGAGAUCCCGGAGAGAGCGCAGCGCGCGGCUCGCGCGCAGGGUAUCGAGCCCGACGAGUUCUAUUGCCUGCGCCUGCUUGAAGAAACCGGGGUGUGCGUGGUGCCGGGGUCAGGGUUCGGUCAGCGGCCGGGGACGUACCACCUCCGCACCACCAUCCUGCACUCGCGCAGCCAGUUGCAGCACAUGAUGGACUCCGUGCGCCGUUUCCACGCCCACUUCCUGCACCAGUACGCUGAUACUAGACUAGACUGCACUACUGACACCAGCACCGGCUGCUGAUGUCAUAUUUAUAUUCUUAAUGUUAAAUAAAUGUUCAUGUUUGUAUGUUUUUAUAAUAUUUAUAG